AUGAUAUUCUUGAGAGCAGAAUGUAAACUAAGUGCGGCCCUGGCCGUGUUGCCAGUCCUGAUCUGGUGUGGUGCCAAUGCGGAAUACUUCUCAUCCAUUCAUGAGAUGUCUAACGUAUUUAUCUACGAGCAGAAAAUGCUGCAGCAUAUUCAAAAAUUCAUUGCCGAUAAUGAGAGAAAAUUGGAUUUUCUGCGAGCACGGUUGGACGAAUACGAGAGUGAGCGUAGCGAGGCGCAGCAAUGGGGCAUCGCAUACUUUGAGAGUCCAUUGAACAAAUAUUUGUUGAGCAAACGCCUGACGGUGGACUGGCAACGCAUUGAGAAUCUCAUGGCUGCCGCAACCGGCGAGAAGCCACUGAAACGCCUGCAGCGAUUGCGUCAACGAGACAACAUGCCCAAACCAGAGGAUCUAACUGGUACCAUUGAUGGCUUGCUUCGAAUACAAUUCAUAUACAGAUUACAGACUAAACAUCUGGCUGCUGGUAUACUGGAUGGUGUUGCCUAUGGCAUGCAGCUAAAUGCCAAACAAUGCCUGGAGAUUGGCCAGCAGGCGCUGACGACUAAGUACCCAGAACUGGCCCACGCCUGGCUGUUGGAGGCGCACAAUCGUCUAUCCAGUAGUGAUCGUAGUAAACUAUUGCCACACAUUUUGGGGCAACUUGUACAGGUUAAGGCCACACUAAGUGAUUCUCGGGGUGUUAAUAGCACAUUGGAGAUACUUAAAGAACUGGAGCCAAGCAGUGGGCAUCAUCAUAACUACGAAGUCUUCCUGCAAGCACAAACGCAAAUUGAUGACCUGACAUUGGCAAACCCUUUCAAAGAGCACGAGCCCGUGCCCGAGGACUUAUCGAAUCUAAGUCAUGACGAAAUAUAUCGCUACACCUGCAAUGGCUAUAUAAAAAAAACGCCACCGGAGGAACGGAACCUGCGCUGUGGCUAUAUGUCUGAGACGCAUCCUUUUUUGUUGCUGGCACCGCUUAAGGUCGAGGAGCUGAAUCGCAAUCCGCUGCUCGUGCUCUACCACGACGUCAUUUAUCAGAGUGAAAUCGAUGUUCUAAAUAAGCUGAACCGAAAAAGAUAUGAACGCGCCGGGGUGGUCAUUAAUAGCACCAGCACUGUGUCCAAAAAACGCACAAGCCAGCAUAUAUUCAUCGCUGCAACGCGUCACAAAGUGUUGCGCACCAUCGAUCAACGUGUGGCAGAUAUGACAAAUCUGAAUAUGCAGUAUGCGGAGGAUCAUCAGUUGGCCGACUACGGCAUUGGCGGACACUAUAGUCAGCACUUUGACUGGUUCGCUGAAUCGAAAUCUUUCUAUGCUAAUUUACAGAGUGACCUCGCAAAUUCCAAAUGUGAUGAAAUGGGAAAUCGCAUUGCCACCGUAUUGUUUUAUCUCUCGGAUGUGGCACAAGGUGGGGGCACCGCAUUUCCCAUUCUAAAGCAACUACUAAAGCCAAAGAAAUAUGCGGCCGCCUUUUGGUAUAAUCUGCAUGCUUCAGGUAAAGGUGACUGGAGGAACCUGCACGGUGGUUGCCCCAUAAUAGUGGGUUCCAAGUGGGUGCUUAAUCGCUGGAUACGUGAAUACGAUCAAUCGGAUCUUCGACCUUGCGACUUGUGGGAUGACUCAGUCUUCAAUACAAGUUAA